AUGCCGUCAGCAAUGAAGAUGUUUGGCAUUAUCCUGAUUAUUAUCUGCUCUGUGUCCUGUGGUCCUUCGGCUCCUCAGGUGAAAAUAAGAGAUGUUGCAGAAAGAACACACAAAUGUUUCCUGGUCCGUGGUAUAUGCAAGUCUGAAUGUAACAGUUGGGAGUAUGAAUACAAUUAUUGUAGCAUUGGGCCCUGCUGUGUGAUGCGAGACUAUGAAAAAAUGCCGAGAUUACCGAGUACUGCUGUAUAUACAACUUAA